AUGGAUUACAUCCCUUCUUUUCUCUUAACGUUAUUGCUUAUAGGAGAAGCAGCCGAAGGUAUUGAUACCAUGAACACAACUCAUUCCAUUAGAGAUGGUGAUACAAUUGUUUCAGCAGAAGGGACCUAUGUAUUAGGAUUUUUCAGCCCUGGAAAAUCAAAAAACCGAUACGUGGGGAUUUGGUAUGGCAGAAUACCUGUCAUCACUGUAGUUUGGGUUGCCAACAGAGAAACCCCCCUUAAUGAUUCUUCAGGCGUUUUCAGACUUACUAACGAAGGAAGUCUUGUCCUUCUCGAUCAUGAUAGGAGCUUGAUUUGGUCCUCUAACUCGUCGAGACCAGCAACUAAUCCAGCAGCUCAACUUCUGGAUUCAGGAAACCUUGUUGUGAAGGAGAAGGGUGAUGGCAGCCUGGAAAAUCCCUUGUGGCAGAGUUUUGAACACCCAACUGAUACUCUAUUGCCAGAAAUGAAGCUAGGACGGAAUAAAAUAACGGGCAUGGACUGGAACAUGACAUCAUGGAAGUCACCGGAUGAUCCUUCCAGAGGUAACUUUACAUGUAUCCUUGUUCCUCAUGGAUAUUCUGAGGUACUACUGAUGGAUAAUUCGAAAGUGAGGCACCGGUCAGGGCCAUGGAAUGGCGUGCGGUACAGUGGUACACCGUAUUUAAGACCAAAUCCCUUGUACACAUAUGAAUUCGUUUCCAAUGAGAAGGAGAUAUUUUUCAGGGAGCAUCUUGUUAACAAAUCAACACAUUGGAGGAUCGUGAUAACUCACGAUGGUGAAAACCACAACUUCGUGUGGAUUGAGAGCACACAGAGUUGGUUGCUAUACGAGAUAGGAAAUACUGAUAAUUGUGGAAGGUAUGCACUGUGUGGUGCAAAUGGUAUCUGUAGUAUUCACAACUCUCCUUUCUGUGAUUGCUUGAAAGGAUUUGUACCAAAUAACUCAAGAGAUUGGAACAAGAUGGAUUGGUCAAAAGGUUGUGUAAGAAAGACUCCACUAAAUUGUUCUGGUGAUGGGUUUCAAAAGCUUUCUAAAGCGAAAUUGCCUGAGAUAAAAUCAUCUUGGAUUAACUCGAGCAUGAAUCUUGAGGAGUGCAAGAACACGUGCUUAAAGAACUGCAGCUGUACAGCAUAUUCAAAUUUGGACAUCAGGAAUGGAGGAAGUGGGUGCUUGCUUUGGUUCGGUGACCUGAUUGAUAUUAGAAUACUUUCUGAAAACGAUCAAGAUGUUUAUAUACGGAUGGCGGCAUCAGAUCUAGGUAUGAAUUUAUCUUCAGUCUAG